CCUCACUCAAUUCAAACCUCGUAGAAUUCAAUCUACAAAACGACAUCCCACACCACUCCACCAACACUACCUUGACGCCGAACUUGUCAAUCAUUACAAUACCGGCGAAAUGGGUCACCCAGCAGGUCUUCGCGCCGGCACUCGAUAUGCCUUUAGCCGCAAGCAUCGGGAAAAGGGCAUGAUCGCUCUCGGCACGUAUUUGAAGACCUACCGAGUUGGAGAUAUCGUCGAUGUCAAGGCCAACGGUGCCGUUCAAAAGGGCAUGCCCCACAAAGUCUACCACGGCAAAACCGGUGUCGUUUACAACGUGACCAAAUCCGCCGUCGGAGUCAUCAUCUACAAGAAAGUCGGCAACCGAUAUCUCGAGAAGAGAGUGAACUUGCGAGUUGAGCAUGUUUCACAUUCGCGAUCAAGAGAAGAGUUCCUCAACCGAGUCAAGUCCAACGCUGCACGUAAACGAGAAGCCAAGGCCAAGGGAGAAAGUGUUCAACUCAAACGUCUUCCUGUUGGACCUCGAGCUGCGCAUACGAUCGAGUUGACGGAUGUGGAGAGUUUGGCUCCCCAGCCUUAUGAUACUCAUAUCUAGAUUGCGUUUCAUCUUAUCUUCCCGAUGCGAUGUGGAUUCAGGAUCGACGUUACGUUACGUUUUUGCGCCCAUGUUUGCGAUGGGGACGGCACCGACUGUGUGAUGCACAUGGAAGCAAGGGAGAAUGAAGGAGAGGAGAUGAAGACUUGACUGGUUGAUUGGUUGGUUGGUUGAUAUGAUGAAUAUUCCAACCAAAGUCAUGCAACUAUUCAGUCAUUUCAUGUCUAUGGAAUGCUGGUCGCAUGGGUCUGAUCAGUAGUGAUGGGCUGGGGGAUUGCAGCCGACAUGAACUGGCAUAUUGAAGUCUACUUUCGAUAGGUCGGGUUGGUCUCGAGUAAAUCAAGCCAAAACUAGCACACAAACACACAAGUGUUGCCCAGUCCUUGUGAGAUGGGUUUCAUUGUGGUGCGAAAAAUGAUAACUACGUUUCAUUCAUCAUGAGAA